AUGUAUCUGCUGACCCGUCAGGGUUCCAGAGCUGCAGACCUGCUUAUCAGCCUGGGAGACUUUGAUAAAUCAGAGGCUUUUGCGCUAUACAGUCCUUUUACCAUCGGCUCCGAGGACAUGCAGUACAGGAUAUCGCUGGGAAACUAUUCUGGGAAUGCAGGUACGGGGUCUGAAAAUAUCUGUAAUGCCUUCUAUGUUAACACUGUCAGACGUAUUCACUAAAGGGUCAAUGCAAAGGGAAUUUCAAAUUAAGGUAAAAAUAGCCGAACUCGAGAAAUCCUUUAAGUCAGCUGUGCUUUAAGUUUGGCUCCUUUGGCCUUACAUUUAAAAUUCCCUUUGAUGUGUGAAUAUGUGUGUGUGUUUUUUAAAUUUUUUUAUUUAUUUCUGAGCAUUGCACUGAACAUAACAUAUUGCCUGUUGUAUCUCAUAUUACAUGGCUAGCUAAAAUCAGGGGAAGGCUGGCAUGUUUUGGCACAGUGGUGUUUCCAAAGAAACAGCACUUUAAAAAAAAAAAAAACUACUUCAGCCCAAAAAACAAUACUCACUGCCUUCUUUCAGAAAUGAUCCUAAAAUAGGGACUGUUCUAGGAAAUCUAUUAGAAUUAGCAAUUAUAUAAUAAUAAUAAUAAUAAUAAUAAUAAUAAUGUGUAUAAACAAAUCAACUGUAAUGGUUAUUCUGUUAUAGUUAUUUGAAGACAUAAAAUCAAUGAAUAUACUGAGAAUUUCUAGAUAAAUAGCUCGGAGUGGAAUAGACCCAUCCCCCUAAAUGGUACAUUUUUGUUUUUCCAUUGAUAUACAAAUACCACUAGAAAACAAUGCAAAUAUCUGGUGCCUGAAUAUAAAAGCUGGCUGCUUAGAAUGUUCUGCAUCAAUAUAGAGAAUGUGUACAGAAUACGUUCUACUCCAAUAUAAAGAUCACAUCUAAUAAAGAUAUGUUGUGAUAUAUAUAGUGAAAAUACUUCCAAUUCUGUUUUUGCUAGCCCAUUCAAACGGAGGCUCUCAACUAUCUAUGAAAAGCCAACAUAAUUCUGAGAACAAUCCAAUGACUAUAAAGCACAAAGGUUCUAGUGUGAUUUGUCCGAAAUCCAGCUAUUGUGGGUGAUUGUGAACGUGCACACUGAAUUAGAGAACACAUUUUACAUUUACUAUGUGUUGUUACUUUAAAAGCUGAACUGUUACUUUGAUUUAAUAUUUUUGGGUACGAUUUUCAAAAAAUGUAAUAUUUUUGAAUAAACCUUUAAAAUUACAAUUUUUUUAAAUAUUAAAAUAUCAAAACAACUAUAUAUAGAAAAUAUAUCAAUAUUUAAAAAAAGUCUAAAUAAUUAAAAUAUUUAAAAAAAUAUGAAAUCAUUCAGAAAGUUUAUAACAAAAAUAUUAAAUCAUUUGAAAAGCUAAUCCAAGAUAUUAAAUCAAGGUCUAUAUUGAUAUUUGCCUACUGUCGCUGAAAACUUAAUUUGCCACUUCCCCUUAUUUUUAUCAGUUCCAAAAAUUGUUCUUUUCAAAUGUUGUCAGUUUAGAUGGCAAUAUAAAUUAUUUUGUGUUUGGAAUAAUGUAUUCUUUUUAUUUCACAUUGAAACUUGUUUUAGGAGAUGCUUUCAGAGCAAAGUCCAAUCAGGAUGGGAGCUCUUUCAGCACCUGGGACAGAGACAAUGACAACUGUGAUCCAUGCUUUGUGGGUGAUAUAGCCUUCAACAACUGUGCCGGGGAUUAUAGCUCAGGCUGGUGGUUUAAUGGAUGUGGAAUAGCAAAUUUGAAUGGUCGUUGGCGCCCGGAGUGGAGUUGUAUUGCCUGGCGUUCCUCUGUGUCUUGGGAAACAUAUCGAAGCUUCAAGUCUCUAAAGUUUA